AUGCUUCGACGUCUCCCGCUGGAGGUCUGGUUGCUGGUUAUCGAUGCGCUCGGUGCAGAGGGCGAAUACGACGCGUUGGAAGCGUUUGCAGAGGCCAGUGAAGGCUUGCUGAAGGAGAGAUCGGAGAGGUACAUUCCAGAGAAGAUGACAUUUAGGACGAAGGAGGGGGUUGCGAGCAUCAAUCUGAGGCAGCGCUGGGCGGGACCAAAGAAAGUGCGCAUCUUGGGAGAAAACCGCAGUGGUAAGAUUCCACACUUGGCGACCUUUGCAUCGAGGCUCGCAGGAAAGUGGACGAACAUGGAGCAGCUGGAGAUUAAAAGAGCCGAGUGGCCUGUGCACGAUUUCGAUCUGCGCUCCCUCUUGCUCGAUUUGGCCUGUUUCGACAUCGAAUACCUCGUCCUAUGGGACGUCACGUUCCCUACCGUCCUGACAUUUUGGCGCCUCGUCUGCACCUUCCCUAGGUGUAUUUUCCUCCGUGACGUCAGGUUCGCGAAGACUGCCAUUGAUGCGCGGACGUUGUCGGCCUUGCGCUUGUCGUCCGCUUCCAAGCUGUUCCUUGUUGUCCUGCCCGAACAGUCCGACAUGGAUCGACGCAGGUCACUCGCAACGCACACCGCUGGACUGCUUGAGAUGAUUCUAGCGCAGACACAGGCCUCUCCGUCUCCAUGGAGCAAUAUCACAGCUCUGACUCUCAUCGACGUCAUCCUUCCUACGGCUGCUACCUUUGGCCGCUUGCUUUGCGCCUUUCCCGCCCUCAAGCGCCUCAAAAUCGUGAGGCAUUUCAUGUUCUCGGAACAUGGCUUCAACCUCAGUGAUGUCCCUAUGCUAUCCAAAUUGACAAAGAUUGAGUUGGACGAAGACUUCUCGUUGUGGUCUGAUCCCCAGUCGGUGCAUGACCUCGUCGACCUCCUCAUUCAAUCUGGUGCCAGUCGCCGCCUGGAAGGCAUCGAUGUUUGGCUGUCCCCGUCCUCGCGUGGAGGAACGAGCAUAGAUAUCGCUCUCAAUAGACUCGUCACGCAUGCUGUCCAAUCACUCAAGUAUCUUAGACUCAACGAACUCGUGCAAGACAAAUUACCGCUGUUCAACGAAGCAUCCACAUAUGCAGCUCCGAGCACAGCUUGUUGCUUUAAUAUUUCGGCGAAUACACAUCUCAAACACCUUGUUGUUCAGGUCGAGAUCACUCAUGAGGGUGGUUCACCGCUUGCUCUUCUAUUGCAGCUUCUUCACCAGGUCACAUUAGCACACAUUUCUAACAUCGAUUUGCUCUUCAUUUUUACGGACAAGGCAGACCUCGCAAAGUUGUGGGCUGACCUCCGCCAUCUCGAUGCCGCUCUCUCCAAAACUUCAUUCAAAACACUUCGAGAGGUGGAAAUGGUAUUUUGUCCUGAGAAUGAAUUCACAGAUCUUCCCGAAGCUUUGGUGGAGUCAUGCUUACCAAAGCUGGAUGCACGGCGUAUUCUGCGCAUUCGUGUGGAUCGUCCAUCAGAUGAAGAUGAAGACGAAGAAGACGAGUUCUAUAAGUUCCUCGCUCGCGCUGGGCGCGGAGAAAGGCCCCUUUCACUAAAUUCCAAUUCUACUACAUUCAUGCAUUAUCCAACACAUACGUCUUGA